AGUAAAGCCCUCCGUUACGAGUCGGCGCGUCUCACGUCUCCCCUUCUCGUCGCGACUAUCGGCGACGACUUGAGCGGGGCAGCGGCAGUGGGAUCCAACGAGCGGUUCGGCUGCAGGUAACAGCCUACAAGUGAUUGUUGUGCUGACAAUGAAGCAUAUUCUAAAGAUCAUGGCUUUGGUGGUGGUUGUUGCUGGCCUUUGGAUCAGCCUACUCCAAACAUCAGUAGUUCCUCGUAGCUACACUUGGUUGCUUCCAGUUUAUCUCAUCAUUUCGUUAGGAUGCUAUGGUCUUCUCAUGGUUGGAAUUGGCUUGAUUCUGUUUCCGACAUGUCCCCAGGAAGCUGUACUGCUACAAAAGGAUAUUGUGGAGGCCAAAGAAUUCUUGACAAGUAGAGGGGUAGAUGUUGGCUCUGAUUGAAGUGGAUUUCAUACUUGGAGCUGUUUAUGUGUUUUCACCUUAUACUGUGACUCCAGGAGUUUUCCCUACUCCCUCCUGGUCUUCAUUCAACUAUCAAUAGAGGGUUGCAGUUUGGGUUUUCUUUCAUGGAUCUUCCAGACUCAUUCAUAGUAGUCAGUUGUCAUUCCUUCUGUUAUAUAUCGCAUGACAUUCCGGAACGUGAAAGAAAAAUUUUAUCGUGUGAUCUACA